AUGAAUGCUGAAGAUGGACGCUCUAAGAUUUUUGCCAAGCAAAACAAGCAAGCGAAACAAUUGGUGUACAAUGUACAUUCUUUCUUUAAACUAAGAAAACAAGAUCAAUCGUCUACGGAAUAUCAACAAGACGUAAACUUGAAUAAAUUUGGUCGUGCAAGCAACAGGAACAUUAACAUCUUAGAAAAAUGGGUAGCAUGUAACACACAUGUCCAGAAAAUUGAAGAUGAGUAUUGUCAACACGAUCGAAUACUCGACGACGCUAUGGACGAAAUGGUAAUUAAUUUACAAGAUAAUUCUGACUCGUCCAGUUGCACUGAUAGCGAAGACGGUAAUUCAAGUGAUAUGCAUAUUGACAUUAGCGAGGAGAAAAAUAUAUAA